AUGUAUAGACCGGUAGGGAACUUGGAACGUUUCUCCACGGCGUGCCACCAUCUAGGAUAUUACAGAUGCGUUACCAGUACUGCGAGACAUGCAACCGGCUAUGCGCCUUCGAACCUAUCCAGGGUUCUUGAAUUGGCUCUGUCGAAAGUCAUUCUUCAACAUCCCCUGCUAUGUGUUGGAAUUGUUAACGAAGACAAGCAUGAUGCUGCAUUCGUUCGGUUAAAUUCAAUUGACCUCUCGAAAUGCCUCGAGUACAAGGUUAUUUCUGCUUCAACUAAAGCGGAAUAUGAUAAGAGUCUGGAAGGUAUUUUGGAACAUCAACAUAGCCAAUCGUGGUCAGAUUUGGACAUUCGACCUGGUUGGAAAUUGAUUGUUGUGGAAGGCUCCUUCGAAGCCUCUUCUAACAGAUUUGUCUUCGACGCAAUAUUUGCAUUUCACCAUGCCCUCGGUGAUGGGAGUAGUGGCAUUGUAUUUCAUCAAUCAAUGCUUGAAGCUUUGAAUAGAUCAAAGAUGCCGGAUUCUGAUGGUUUCACCAAACACAUCGUCCAAAUACCAGACUCCAUAGCUCUCCCGCCUCCUACAGAAGAGCAGAUCAACUUCCAAGUUUCCUGGGCUUUUCUGGCAAAGGAAGUGUGGCACGUUCUGCUGUCGAAAUGGUCAACGUUUCUAGGGCGUGGUCCUUGGGCUGGCUUUCCUCCAUCCGCUCAAAGCAUCCAAGCUUACAGAUCUCGAGUCAAGGUCUUCUCUAUUUCCCCGGAGCAGCUUAGCAUAAUCCUCCACAACUGUCGAGAACAGAGGAGCACUUUGACGGGUCUUUUGUAUGGAAUUAUUACUGUUGCUUUGGCCCUCCGCAUUCCUACGGCUAGAAGCUUUAACACCUUAACACCCUACUCUCUGCGGCACCUCCUCGACCCCUCGAGGAAAGAAGAUAUGGGCAUGUAUGUCUCAUCAUACGAAAUUACGUAUCCUUUGGAACAUAUCUCAUCUAUUAUUAAAAGUCGACACAGUUCUGUACAGCUUAGGCAGCAUAUCUGGACAAUAGCAAGGUCUUUUCGCGAGUCAAUCGUUGUCGAGCUCUCACGUUUACCACGAGAUAACCAUAUUGGGUUGCUGACGUACGUCAAAAACUACCACGGUAUAUUUAGAUCCCAGAUAGGAAGGCCAAGGGAACUGACAUUUGCGGUGUCAAACUUGGGAAGCUGUAAGUGCGAGGGCGAUGAGCAUGGCUGGCGGAUUGAGGAGAUGAUUUUCUCGCAGUCGGGCUUUGGAAUUGGAGCAGCGUUUUCCUUCAACGUGGUCAGCGUAGCUAAUGGGCCCCUUACAAUCAGUACCACAUGGCUCGAAGGUGCUGUCCAGGAGGAGGUCAUCUGUGAGGUUUCUAAGUAUCUAGAAAAGGAGAUGGCCAGUAUGAGGUAAAAUAAUGGCUGCUAUAUUGCUUCUAGUGUUAAAUUUUGUUUUUAGAAGUAAGUGGAGGAUGUAGAUAUCUCUAGUCUGAAUACUUCGGUCAGGGUGUUGAAAAUUAUCGAGAG